AUGUCACGGAUCCGCGUCGCGCGCGUCAAUCUCCAAAUGAUCGCUCCCCAAUCGCUCCCGCAAUUUUUGACUCCUGGUCUCAUCGUCGCCCACGGCCACGUCCUCGCUGCCAUUGCGAUGCAUCGAGCACUGCAGGUCACCGAACUCCUCCAGCUUAUAUUCUCCGAUUUCAACAAAGGAUGUACUCAGUUCAACGGUGGCCUUCAAGGCAACCCGACGCUAGCCGCGCUCGCUCGGACGUGUUGCGCAUUCAAGGAGCCAGCGCUCGACGCGCUCUGGGAGUGUAUCAUCACGCUAGAUCCAUUUCUCAGAUGUCUUCCGGAGGAUGCUUGGCACUUUGUCGAUGCCGGUGUGCCGGAUUAUGCACCAAAGCGAACACCCAAAGUUAUGGCUACUCCAUCCCGGCAUUUUACGGUCGCUGACUGGGAAAUCCUUCGUAAAUACACCUAUCGAGUUCGGAAGCUGUCCGAACAGCCUUUUAUGAAGCUCUGCUCGGCAGCACUCCUGGAACUGAGUCUAGGGCCACACGACAUGUUUCCCCUUCUACCUCGCUUGAAGGGCAUCCACUGGAGCGACGUGUCAAAAGAAGAUAUCAGCUACUUGCCCCUCUUCCUUACCCCUACGCUCGAAGACCUCAGCAUUAGCUUCCACCGGAUUUAUGGCAGAGGUGUAGAGCGUAUAGAGCCAGUACUCUCCUCGCUUGGGGAUCUAUGUCCCGACGUCAAAUAUGCGCAUAUAUAUGGAUACGAAGAGGCUGAUGAAGGGGCUGAAAUGCUUUCUCGGUCGCUUCAUCACUGGAAGACCCUCGAGACUGUUCACACUGGAGAACUCAUGGAUGACGGUAUUGUUUACCUCGGAAGUCUGCCCAAUCUUAGGACUAUGUCCUUCACGAUGAGACCACACACAUCCUUCUAUAACCUUCGCUCACGGAUCAUCGAUAAACCAUUCGAAGCUCUCACUUCUCUGGUGGCUGAACUCAACGAUCUAGAUGGCCUCGUCGACUUCAUUAGUCACAUGGAGCUCUCCCUAACUGACAUCGAACUGCACGUCAGCGAUACAUUCUUUUGCGCAGGCCGAGUCGAGGAUGUCAUUAAAGCCCUCGCAAAGCACGGAACUAGGCCACUGAAGACGUUUUUCAUGAUCGAUUCGGACUAUGACGGCGUACCAGCUUUUGAGUCGAAGUUCGUAGUUCGCAACCACCUCCUCGCGAUCGACAGCUUCCGCCCUCUGUUCAAGUUCACCCAUCUCGAGAUUCUUCAUGUUAACAUGAUCUGCUGCCUUGAGCUCAACGAUCAAGGCCUCAUCGAGCUCGCGCUCGCGCUCCCUUUCCUCAGAGACCUCAGCCUCAAUGCCGAAUACGGCUGGCGCACCUUCUCCAAAGUCACGUUCUACGGGCUGUACACCGUUAUCCACCUCUGCCCACGCCUCCGCUCUCUUGGCAUUGAGCUCGACGCAUUAGCUAUCAAUUCGACACGCCCAAGCGCUGACCUACCCGAGCACCUCCAAAACUUCCCCGAGCCGAAGGCCAACACCGCGAUUACGUUUCUCGUCGUUGGCGACUCGCUCAUCGAAGACCCGGCGACCGUGGCUCAGCGGCUGUACGCAGUCAUGCCGAAGCUGAAGAAGAUAAAGGCAUGGAGCACAAAAUGGGCGAAGUGGGACGAGAUGGACCGUAUUCUCAUGCGCAAUAUGUUCAAGCCACGGUGGGCUGAGGUUCAGCGGGGCCUCCGGAGGCUCCGUAAGCCUCAUCUGGCUCACCGGGGUGAGGCAUCGGACGACAAUGAUGAUUCAGACGAGGAGAAUGAGCAGGAUGACAUGUCAAUCGAUUAGGCGUUAGUGCGAU